AUGUCGAUAUUCGUAGAACACCUCGCCAAUGGUCUAUUGGUUAGAUAUGCAACCUCAUGGAAUAUUGAGAAUCCUUCUGAAGGCGCAGACGAACGUGCUAUCCGUAUCAAUACACCGAAUGGUACAACUGAUUUAGUCAAGCAAAUCUGUGUAGCGCUAUCGAUAGAUUUUGAGCGUUUUGUUGCAGCUUUUCCAACGGGGCUGGUGGUGUAUUGGAAUGCGGGUGAAGUGUUCUGUCGUAUUGCUGGCAUUAGAACAAAAUUAAUUAUAUGGCCGGCAUUCAGAUGCAGCACGUUUGCUGCUACACGUUUUGGUUCACGUAAAGCACAGCCCGAUUUUGAGGCGUUGAAACGUAUUCAGUAUACCGCCAUAAGAGCACCGUUCGAUAUCGAUAGCAACGAUAACAGCACUUCGAAUUCAUCAUCAACAACCAACUGUAGUUGUAAUGAUGCGGGCCAUGCAACAGUGAGCCAGCAACCAAGUUGGUUGAUUCAUUGUGUUAUUUCGGUACUGAUUGAUGAGUUCGGAAAGUCGAAAGGAUUUGGAUGA